ACAGAAAGGCCAGAGGAUCCUCAAACAUGGACUGAGUCUAUGGUGAGCGACUGGUUAAGGUCAAUAGGGAUUAAAGAAACAUACAUUAAAAAACUGCAUGAAGAGGAAGUAGAUGGUCGGGUCCUUCUUGAACUUUCAGAAGAUUUUCUGAAAAACGCGACUGGAAUGAAAUCAGGGCCUGCACUGUUGAUAAUCAAAAAAAGAGACGAGUUAGUUAAAAGUUCACAAAAAGCCCAGAACCAGCAGGACCGUUUGUAGAAACAAACUGGUGGAAAAAAUGACCAUGUGGCAAGUGGAAUUAAAAAGGAUGAUUCCAUAAAUGAAGAGAUUACAGACGAUUCUGAGUCUGUGAUUAAAACAAAGGGUGACGCAAAACUACGACCUUUUGGUACAAAAGGUGAUGAUUUUAAAUAUGUAGAAAACAAUGUUCUCGAGCCAGAAUCAGGUGUUAUUGAUCUCAUUACUCCAUGUCAUGAGUAUAAGUCAUUUAAAAUAGCUGCAACACUGGACCGCCAAAGACUUCAGGCAAAGUUUGCAAAGGAAGUGCUGAAGUUUGCUACAGUGUGUGUAAAUAUGCGUACAAAUGACACAAUACAUUUUGGUGUCAUGGACAGUAGAGGUGACACUGGUUAUGUUCAUGGUGAAAUCGUGGGUAUUCCUGUUAGAGAAAAAGACAUGUACUGCGAUGCAUUAGAUUACAUUGAAAGGAGUUUUGAUAGCUGUCAAAGUGAACGUAUACGUCCAUGUAUUGGUGUUCUGCAGUUCAUUCAGGUAGUUUGUUCAAACAGCAGCAAGGAACAUUACGUAGUGGAGGUUGAUAUUGAGCCCUCAGUGAGCAAAGUAAAAAAUAAUGUUUUCUCUGUGUGCCUUCCUAAUUUCAAUGAGAAGGCGAACAAAGUUCAGUUUGAAAAGAAAACUGCUUAUCGUAGAGUGGGUUCUAAAUCAGAAUCUGUGGUUGACCUGAAUGAGUUCUACCAAAAUAUGACUUACAGAGAUGCUCAGAGGGAAGAGGCAGAGACGAGGUAUAAUUUCACAACACCAGAACUGUGCCAGAACCUGGGGAAAAAGCUCAUUAUGCUCAUAACAGAUGGAAAGAAAAAAAUGGACAAGGACAAAUGGUACAUACUUGUUUCCAACCGAUUUCAGGAGAAGGAUCUACAAAACAUUGAUUUUUUGCUGAACAUGAACGUGCUCUGUGUGUUUGACUUUGAUAAAGAUUCCAACAUGUCUGGGUUAUGCCAUGAAUACAAUAAGCACCAUGUGGUAAAUCGCCAUUUCAUGCAGAACUACAAAAUUUCCAGUGGCAUGACCAUCAAAGACUUUGAGAGCCACCUUCAUUUGUUUGACCAAAUCAGCUGGAUAUUUUGCAAUGGUCGAAGUGAUUUCAAAGGCAAUGAGCCUCCCUGUGAUGAGAAGACCUGGGUAAAAACAAAAAGGACUCUCCUAAAAGAUUGUGUGUCACUGAUCUGCAAAGAUGUCUUGCCCAAAGGAACCUUUAAAGUCAUCUUUCUUCUUACUUCAUCUGUAGAAACACGUUUCCUAAACACAUUCUAUGAAUUCAUUACUGAUAUGAAGGGACACGACGACAUUAUCUGCCUUGCAGAAUCAGAGGAAAACUUCAAGAAAUGGCAGACCUAUGCUAUGGAAUCCUGUGACAUGGACACAGUGAACAAUUGAAGUGUUGUUGGAAUGACAAUAAGUCAGGUAAAUGCAACCCUCCAACAGGUCCAACCUACCACUACACAGGCCUCAAAGAGAUUGCCAAUCCAUGUCAAAGGGGAGUGCUUUCUUGAUCUCCGAGAGGAGGAAGUGAGGUAUUCUUUGGAGAUUCUGAGUCUAAACCACUGUGAAGAAACUAUUGGUGAUAUCAUUGAGUAUGAAAUGGAGACGACUGAGCAGCAAUUUUACCAGGGAGGAAAAGUAACUUGGAUGAAUCUUUGGCUUGCAGAAAAAAAGGUAGUUGGGGAGGUUAUUCAAAGAGAUGCUUACAGUGAAGUCAACAGUCUUUUAAACGAUUGUCUUAUUUGGAGCUUAGAUCGAGCAUCUAUCAGUUGUAUCAACAUAUACCAUCAUCCUGGAAGUGGUGGAAGUACAGUGGCAAGGCAGGUACUGUGGAAUAACAGAAGGGCUCUAAGAUGUGCUGUUGUGAAACAUUCUUACUCAGCAUCUGUUUUUUCGGAGCAUGCCGUUUGGCUUCGGGAAUAUGAAGAGAAAGAUCCCCAAAAAUGCCUUCCUGUGCUCCUUCUAAUUGAAGAUUGUGAGCAGGAGUAUUUGGAAGGUGCAAAGUAUGAAUUGGAAGUGGCUGUCAAUACCAAGAAAAUAGCUCGUGGAACUCUAUGCUUCAUUCUACUAAGUUGUAGACGGUCUCACAAUCCAGAGAAAAUGUGCAAGGAAUCCCCUCAUCGGAAUGUUUCUGUUACUCAUAAACUUUCAGAUGCAGAGAAAGAUCAAUUUUCAAAAAAACGACAAAAGCUUGAAGAACAAUUCAAACCAGAAUUCAUUCUAACAUUUGUCCUUAUGUGUGAGGAUUUUAAGAGCCACAAAAUCACUGAGUAUGUUAAGCAAUUUGUAAAGCAUUUACUUCAAGGCAUUGACCAGACAUCUGUUGUUACUAAGCUUGUUCAGUAUGUGGCAUUGCUUAACACUUAUGUGCAGAAUUCUUUUAUGUCACUGUCACAUUGUGAAUCCGUGCUUGCUCUGUCCAUCCAUGUGGACAGAUUUCGACAACAUUCCUUUGAGACUGCUUUAAGUGAGCAGGCUAAUUUGGUCUUAAUACACCUGAGGGAUGAAAACACAUACAUUACUUCUAUCAGAAUCAUUCACCCACUGGUUGCAAAGGAAAUCCUCCACCAAUUUAUGGGUGAGAAACAACAACAAAGUUAUCUUGCUUUGGAUCUUCUUAACAACGAUGUGCUUUUUGAGCACAGGUUUGGUAAAGAUCAAUACUUGAAGUUCUUACGAGAUCUGUUCAUAACGCGAUGCAAAAUUAUUAGAGGUGAUGAACUUGACAGCUUUUUCUCCCCCCUAAUUGAGCAUGUGAGAGAAAAUGAGUGUCCAGACAAAUCUAUCGAGCUUCUUAAGGAGGCCUACAAGCGUUUUAAUGAGGACGCACUUUUUGCUCAACAUCUGGCUCGUCUCAAUUACAAGCAUGACAGAUUUGAGGAAGCAGAAAAGUGGGCAGAAACUGCAGUAGCAAAAAGGCCAAACAAUUCUUACAUUCUUGAUACCAAAGGUCAAGUAUACAGACAGUGGUUUACAGCAAAAUGCAAAGCCAUGGAACAAAUUGAAAAAACACCUGAAAACACAGUAGAUGCUGUGGAAACUGCACUCAAAGCAAUUGAAUGUUUUCAGGCAUGUGGGAAGGCAGGUGUUGCCGACAAUGAGACCAUGAACAAUGCUGGUUUUUUUGGGGUAGUAGAAGUAGGAUGUGUAUUGCUGAAGCUCAUUUCCUCCAUCCAUGUCUUCUCGAGACCUAAUCAUGUCGAGUGCAUAAAAUACCUUCUCACAGAUUAUAUUCCUGUGGAGAUCGAAAAGCCAUGGGAACAUUUUCAUUGUGAGCUGAAAAAACUCCAUAAAAUCCUGCUGGAGGCAUUGGAAUGGAUUUCUGAGGACUUGAGUUACUUCCAAACCGACCUAAACAGAGAUGAGGGGAAGACUUCUGAGAAGACCAUAAAGCAUCCCAUUCACUGGCUGGUUAAUAAGACUUCUGAUUAUGGCAAAUACUUUAUCAAUGCUUCUAUUACUACAGAUCAAAGCCAAAUUAGGUUAACACCUCUUAUGAAACGUAUGAUGAUUUAUUCUAAUGGUGGGGGAAACAUCACAACAAUUUUUUCCAUCCUAACAAACCAAAAAUGUGAUGAUCGUCAAAGUGUUCUUGAGCACAUUAUUUCAUUUUACCCAAGCAAUCCUAUGAGUGCAAAGAUGCCACAGAUGGACCUUGUUAAGUACAUUGCAUCACACUUUGCAUUAAGUUGCCUCUCAACUCAAUCUUCCAAGUUAGCUGCAUUUCAGGAUCUACAGAAGUUGAGUAACCAGUUUCCAAAAGAGAAGAAAUGUUUCCCAAAUGCUCUUUUCUUACUUGUCUUACUUUUCUGGCCAGAAGAAAGUGACACUGAAAAGGAAAAGGAGCGCAAGUAUGAAAUUGUUCUCUCUGCUGUUGAACACCUCCAGAGAUGUUAUGAAAAGAAAUUAAAAGACAUCCCUCCAAGGAAAAAGAGGAUCUACACGCAUUUCUUCCUGGGCAAUGGGGCUGGAUUUGAAAAAAUUGUCCACAAGAGCAAAGUUGAAACAAUCACAAAAUUGUUCUCAGUUUCAGAAAAACGUCAGAAAUGGUUCAGUGGAGAAGUCUGGAAAAUGCCAGAAAUUGCUAAAUUGCUGAGACGUGUCCCAGGGUGGACAGAGGAUGAGAAGGUCUUUGUAGAGAUUCCCACAGAAAAGACAUUUCAGAUCCCAGCUCUGAAUCCAUCCUCUGUACCCCACAGCAAUGAGAAUGUCACCUUUUACCUGGGCUUUACUUUAAAAGGACCCGUUGCCUACAACAUUACAGUAAGACAAUAAUUAAAGCUAGCACAAAAUUUGGUAUAAGCAGUUAGUGAAGAAUUGGAUAUGGUUUUCAGAUGAUGAAUAUCUCGCAUUGUUUUUAAGAGACUAUGCUUAGACAAAUCCCUUUAAAUCAGUUGAAGAAAAUAACCUCUAUAAAACAAUAAUCAACGUUUUUAUUUUGUAUGAUAUGUAUAUGAUAGGUAACUUUAAAUAUUACAUGAGCCAUUAUUACACAUGCUGUUUUUUUCUUUCACAGCUAGAAGUCAUUUUAACUUUUACGUAAUAAAAACGUUUUACAACGUGUUAUUGUAGGCUAUAUUAACUUAAAGGUAUGUUUCAAGAUACUUGUUCUCCUGAAUAGGAUAUGUGAGCAGCAAACACUUAGUAUGAUGAUUUUUGUAUGUUUGUGAUAUGUUUGUGUACAGUGAAUACUGAUGUGAAGCAAACGAAAAACGUCAAUUUCAUAUUGUCAGUCAUUCUUCAGUCAUAUUAUACCCUGAUCUGAUUAUACACCAUAUUUGAUGUUAUAUACUAAACUGCUGAUAUUUUUCAUUUGAAGUGUGUUUGUGUUUGAGAGACUUUUGUCAAAACAUGCUUUUCUCCAGCUAAAUAUUUAACUAUAUUUAAGUUUCAUUAUUAUGUUUUUACAGGACCAAAUAAUUAAUAAGUAUUAAUGUAUUAUUUGUUACUGUAUAAAGUACUUUUGGCCAUACAAGGGAGUCUUAAUCUCUUCUGGGAAUUUGUAAAUAAUGUAUUUUAGCAAAUAUGCUGCCACAGUUUGGUUUUGCCCUGAAUGCAAUAGUUUUACAUUCAAAUCAGUUUAUACAUACCAUCUAUAUUUAACAAACGAUCUACAUAUUAUCAAUAUAGGCUAUAAAAGUUGACAUGUAUUCCUGACUAUUUUAUAGUGUCCCCUAUUAUAAAGUUUCUUUACACUUGAGCCACAUUUUAAAGCAAGACGCUGUUUCUGGGAGUUGUCACAUCACAACCACACGAGGGCGAUAGGGGCACAUAAAUGCAACACUGUCACCUGUUUUUACGGUAUAUAACUUUUAACAAAAUGUUAAAAACGCUCUCCCAUAUGUACUGUAAGUUGCUUUGUAUAAAAGCUGUUAAUUGAAUAAAUAUAAAUUACUGCAUUGUAAAUAAAUGUAUUUAUUUUGUUUGUGUUGCUUUUUGGGUGGAUGAGAAU